UCUUGGGGUAGUCUAGUACACCUCAGAAGUGGAAAGGUCCUGGGAUAUCUCCCAGAUUUUUUUUAAAUGAAUUUUUGAAAUCAGGCGAAAUGACAGCACAAAUGGGCAAUUUUCAAAGUACUUUUAUUUUGAAAUGAUACACCAGAAUUUUAUCAGAGUACUUUAGUUCGUGUCUUGGGGUCGUCUAGUAUACCUCAGAAGUAGAACCGUCCCGGGAUAUCAACCAGAUUUUUUUUAAAUCAAUUUUUGAAAUCAGGCGAAAUGACAGCAAAAAUGGGCAAUUUUCAAAGUACUUUUAUUUUGAAAUGAUACAUCAGAAUUUUAUCAGAGUACUUUAGUUCGAGUCUUGGGAUCCUGUAGUAUACCUCAGAAGUGGAACCGUCCCGGGAUAUCAACCAGAUUUUUUUCAAUCAAUUUUUGAAAUCAGGCGAAAUGACAGCAAAAAUGGCCAAUUUUCAAAGUACUUUUAUUUUGAAAUGAUACAUCACAAUUUUAUCAGAGUACUUUAGUUCGAGUCUUUCGGUCGUCUAGUAUACCUCAGAAGUGGAACCGUCCCGGGAUAUCAACCCGAUUUUUUUAAAUCAAUUUUUGAAAUCAGGCGAAAUGACAGCUAAAAUAGGCAAUUUUCAAAGUACUUUUAUUUUGAAAUGAUACAUCAGAAUUUUAUCAGAGUACUUUAGUUCAAGUCUUUCGGUCGUCUAGUAUACCUCAGAAGUGGAACCGUCCCGGGAUAUCAACCCGAUUUUUUAAAAUCAAUUUUUGAAAUCAGGCGAAAUGACAGCAAAAAUGAGCAAUUUUCAAAGUACUUUUAUUUUGAAAUGGUAUAUCAGAAUUUUAUCAGAGUACUUUAGUUCGAGUCUUGGGAUCCUCUAGUAUACCUCAGAAGUGGAACCGGCCUGGGAUAUCCACCAGAUUUUUUAAAAUCAAUUUUUGAAAUCAGGCGAAAUGACAGCAAAAAUGUGCAAUUUUCAAAGUACUUUUAUUUUGAAAUGAUACAUCAGAAUUUUAUCAGAGUACUUUAGUUCGAGUCUUUCGGUCGUGUACUAUACUUCAGAAGUGGAACCGUCCUGGCAUAUCUACUAGAUUUUUUUUUUAAUUAAUAUUUGAAAUAAGGGUAAAUGACAGGAAUAACUAGCAAUUUUCUAAGUAGUAUUACUCUGAAUUCCUAAAUUAUUUUGAUAUCAUAAUACUUUAGUUUGGGUCUAGGGGUGCUCGAGUACCUCUCUCAAGUGGACCCGUUGUUGGAUGGCUUCCCGUUUUUUAUUUAUUCAUAUUUAUUUUUUUCAAUAAAGGGACUUGCGCUGUGAAGCCACCGCGUUCCAUUAUGAAUCCAGCACGUUGCACCAUUAUGAAGCCAGCGCGUUGCAUUACCGUAAUGCACACAAUGCAAACAAUGAUCCAAAUGAGGGGCGGCUAGCUUGCCUUCGUUUUUACUUUUUACGAGUGGAAGCUGGCUUGACAGCAGUGGAACAUUGUGUUCCAACUAAAUACGUUAGUCAAAACUCAGCCAAGGGCGGACGCCACAACUUGACUGGAAUUGAGGUCCACUGAUUUUGAAUCCACACAAAGAGGAUGUCGGUGGCCAUGACCAAGGCGGACGGGGUCACGAUGCUGACUCUGACCACUGACCCCAAAAGUAACUGGCCCCCGCUGUGUCAGAUUCUGGGAGGCCUGUGUUACACCCCCGCUUGUUGCUCGGUGUCCCGGCACUUGAGAGGUGUCAUGGGGACCUCUCAGUCAGCUUUGGGGGCGCUGCACAUCAUGACGGGUCUCCUCAGCAUCGGCCUGGGGGCCAUACUCAUGAGCAAUGGACCUGCUUCAUUUUGGGAAAUGGAUUUUACGGGUUUUCCUCACUGGCUAGGAGCGCUGUUCAUUCUCUUCGGCAUCGUCUGCAUUUUGUCCGAGAAGUUCCCGAGUCCGUGUCUGGUGUUGGUCAACGUCAUUCUAAACUUCUCAGGAAUCGCCUUCGCCAUCGCCGGCAUUGCCCUUUACGCCGGGAACUUGACUGGCAUCUCCCUGGAGUGGGGUUUUUGUCGAAAAAACCGUAAUGAUUAUUACGUCGGAAAGCGUUCCACCCUAAGUCCCGCCGGCAUUAAGUACCAACUUCGCUGCUUGGAGGCAAAAGACCUGAUUUUGAUGCUGGCGCGAGGCAUCAACGGCGUGGCCAUCGCGCUGUGCGUCCUGGAACUCUUCCUGCUCAUCAGCUCCGCCGUAUUGGCCAUCAAAUCUCUGUGCCGAAUCGGACGCAACAACAACGGGGACGACCGACAGCAGCAGAAUCUUGACCAGCCGGAGGGUGUGUACAGGUCGCUCCUGAAAGAAGGCGAAAAGGCCUAAAUAUUCCUCUCUUCCUUCCUCCUUUUUCACCUUAUAUGCUGUUUUGCAUCUUGAAUUUAUAUCAAACUCCAAAAACAAAGUUAUUUUCCAGUUAAUUACAUUUGAGUCAUUAUUGUGUUUAUAUUACCCUUUUGUAUAAAUAAUCACGAGUCGUGGUUGUUCCUUUUUACAAUGCUAUCACUUUAGCUUGUCAAGACAUAAUGACAAAUAAAGUAUUUCCGUCUG